GAAAAAAGUUGUAAUAUUAAAAGAAAAUGUCGCAACAUUUCAAAAGUUGUAAUUCGACAAGAAAAGAGUGGUAAUAUCAGAUGUAACCACUGGUAGGUAGCCUUGCAGUUAAACCAGUGACUCUUCCACAAAAGAGACAAUUUCUUUCAAGUCCGUAUGGUUCUUUCUUCGAUGCCGAUGUGCCAAAAGAAUUAUUUUGUUAUUUGUGAAACCUAUAACUUCACAAGACGCUCCAUACAAAUCUCAGACUUUUUUCCCCCUCUCAGUGUGGCCCUAACACUCCAUCGUAUUUACUUGACCCAUCCCUCAUGAAGUUAUUCAGACACAUAAGUAACAACAAAUAAACAUUCUGGCAUGUUAACCCACCAUCAUCUAACAGCACAUUAGCAUCAUCCAAACAUAAACAUAAAUCUCCCACAAUGGAAGUACAACAAUUAUACUAAGACAGCCCCAUAAGCACAGGACACACACAGAUCCAAACAAAACAAAAACAAUUAUAAUAAAAUAAGUAUCAUAGUAACUGUGCACUGAAUAAAAUUACUGAUUGAAUCACUUGUCAGUUCUGCAGGAUACCCAGUGGAAGUCUGGAGGCCAUGUGCCCCAUCUUGCACUGCCCUCAAAAUCCAAUUUUCAUCAUUAAAUGCUGCGUUAAUUUGGUAAUUUAAUUACAAUAACAUCUUACAUUACAACAGUUUUUCCUUCUGUAGCACGGAUAUUCUUUAAUCGCUUUAUAUGUAUGCCUGUAAUUUGAGAUAACUCAGUUGCAUUAUGAGUAAAUGAAAUGAAUGAUUUUCCAGCCAAUAGGCGACGUUAAUUGCACUGAGGGUCUAACUAACUGACUUUGACCAGAGGAGGGCGCCAGUGUUUAAAUUUCACUCAAGCAGCAUCCUUGUGUAAUCUGGCUGCUGAUGCCGCUGCAUCAUCGCGUGCUGCAGAUAGAAAUAUUGAUGGGAUGGCCGGCGCAUGUCUGCAGCUGGUAACCAUUGUAUCUAUUGUGCGUGACAGACGCCAAGACACAUUUGAUAUAAUAUUACACAAUAGCCUAUAUAUAGCUGAGGCGACCCGAGAAUCUGAUCAUAAUUAUGGCUGCGGCUGUUUGAACCUGUUCUAACAGGGUGCCUGCACGGCUCAGGCCAGUGGUUGAGUAAAUCCACAUGGUUGACUCAAACAAUGCACACUGUCUUCAUUAUGAAGGCAUUGCAACAUGAUUGCUGCAGCCUUUAAACUGGAUUUCACUGUCAUGAGGGACCUGACCUCUGUAGGCGAAAUGACACAAAGAGAUCCUAUAGUACACUGCUGUUGGCAGUUAUAAUAUUAUAGGCAGCUAUAAUAAAUAUAUAAUAGAAAUAGCUACAUUAUAGAUUAAACACAGGUCGCUUUAACUCACUUACAUAUCCAUUUUAAUAGCCUGAUACAAGACAUUUUUCAUCACAGAGCCUACACUUAUGAAGACUGAAAUAUAAUAUCCAUGUAUGCCCAGUUGUGUGGCUAUGAAUAUAAAUCGUAAAGGUUUAUGAAGGAAUAUCCCUAACAAAUAAAUUCAUAAUAAAAGUAUGCGCAUGAACAGAGGCUCCGCGUCCCACUUGUGCGCCUCAUCAUUGCCGUGUCCGCGGUUUAACGCGUGUAAUGGGAAGCACUACCUCCCUCCUUCAUGCGUAAAUUAUGUAGGGCAGGACGGGAAUGCUUUGCUACCUCCAUUUGAGAAAACCCGGCCGGUGAAUGUGAGAGAGGGGGGAUAAAAAAUAAUAAUUCACAAACAGCCACCCUCGUCUUCAACCAGCGUUUGACAGAAGAGGAGUAGCGCAUCACGACUUGCCUAUCGUGAAGCCAAGGAGAAGAAAAGAUGGACAUCACUGAUCAAGGGGCUCAAAUGGAGCCGCUCUUACCAACGGAGCAAAGUCCCCAAGAAAAUAAAGAUGUGAGAACUGAUGAGGAAGCAGUGGUGGACCGCGGGGGCACGCGCUCCAUGCUUAACACCAACUUUGAGAAAGAAGAACUAGAAGGUCACCGCACUCUCUACAUCGGGGUUCAUGUUCCCCUGGGAAGGAGGUCACACCGACGUCACCGUCACCACGGACACAGACACAGGAAGAGGUCCAAGGAGAGGGACUCUUCAGCUGACGAUGGAAGAGAAUCCCCCUCACACACAGACACACCAGCUCAGAGGGUGCAGUUUCUGUUGGGGACAGAGGAUGGCGACGAGGAACACAUCCCCCACGCCCUGUUCACUGAGCUGGACGAAAUCUGCCUCAGGGAGGGUGAGGACGCAGAGUGGAAAGAGACAGCCAGGUGGCUUAAGUUUGAGGAGGAUGUUGAGGAUGGUGGUGAGCGGUGGAGUAAACCCUACGUAGCCACUCUUUCUCUACACAGUCUUUUCGAGCUUCGCAGCUGCAUCAUGAAUGGCACCGUGAUGCUUGACAUGAGGGCCAACUCGCUGGAAGAGAUCGCAGACAUGGUUCUGGAUCAGCACGAGGUGUCGGGCCCUGUAGGUCAGGAUGCCAGGAAAAGGAUCCGUGAGGCCCUGCUCAAACAGCACCACCACCAAAACCACAAGAAACUGGCCAACCGCAUCCCUAUUGUACGCUCCUUUGCGGAUAUUGGCAAGAAGCAGUCUGAACCUCAUUCCAUGGACAAGAAUGGCCAAACAGUCUCACCUCAGUCCCAGCCAGCUAACAAUGAGGGCAAACAGGACGUCAGCCGAGAAAACAGUGCUGUCGACUUCAGCAAGAUUGACCUUCACUUCAUGAAGAAGAUCCCUCCUGGUGCUGAGGCAUCCAACGUCCUGGUGGGGGAGCUGGAAUUCCUAGACCGCCCUGUGGUGGCCUUCAUCCGCCUGUCACCUGCUGUGCUGCUCAACGGCCUGGCUGAGGUUCCCAUCACCACCAGGUUUCUUUUCAUCCUGCUUGGCCCUCUUGGAAAAGGUCCACAGUAUCAUGAAAUUGGCCGGUCUAUUGCCACCCUGAUGACUGAUGAGAUUUUUCAUGAUGUUGCUUACAAGGCCAAAGACAGAAAUGACCUGGUGGCAGGCAUCGACGAGUUUCUGGACCAGGUGACAGUGUUGCCCCCUGGAGAGUGGGACCCCUCCAUCAGAAUAGAACCUCCCAAAAACGUGCCCUCUCAGGAAAAGCGGAAGAUUCCCCCUGUUCCCAACGGAGUGACGGAUCUUGGAGAGUCAGAGGAACACGGAGGGCAUGGUGGCCCUGAGCUCCAGCGCACUGGAAGGUUUUUUGGCGGUUUCAUCUUGGACAUCAAGCGAAAGGCUCCUCACUACCUUUCUGACUACACAGAUGCCAUCAGUCUACAGUGUCUGGCCUCCUUCCUUUUCCUCUACUGCGCCUGCAUGUCACCUGUCAUCACCUUUGGAGGACUCCUGGGGGAGGCCACAGAGGGACGUGUGAGUGCUAUUGAGUCCCUGUUUGGGGCUUCCAUGACUGGAAUAGCCUACUCUCUUUUUGCUGGUCAGCCUCUGACCAUCCUUGGCAGCACAGGGCCUGUUCUUGUCUUUGAGAAGAUCCUCUUCAAGUUCUGCAAGGACUACGGCCUCUCCUACCUCUCCCUGAGGGCCUGUAUUGGCCUGUGGACAGCCUUCUUCUGUCUACUGCUGGUGGCCACGGAUGCCAGCUCGCUUGUCUGUUACAUCACGCGCUUCACUGAAGAAGCCUUCGCAGCCCUUAUUUGCAUCAUCUUCAUCUAUGAGGCCCUGGAGAAGCUGUUCCACCUGGGGGUGCACUACCCCAUCAAUAAAAACAACAACCUUCAGAAACUCACACAGUAUUCUUGUGCAUGUGUGGAGCCCAGGGACCCCAGCAAUGAGACCCUGCAGUUCUGGGAGGAGAGAAACAUCACAGCAUCCCAGGUCAACUGGACCAUGCUAGAGGUCAAGGAGUGCGAGAUGUUGCAUGGGGAGUUUGAGGGCAGCGCCUGUGGUCCCCACGGCCCCUACAUCCCCGACGUCCUCUUCUGGUGCGUGGUCCUCUUCUUCUCCACCGUCUUCAUGUCUGCCUUCCUCAAGGAGUUCAAGACUAGCCGUUACUUCCCCACCAAGGUGCGAGCCAUCAUCAGUGACUUUGCUGUCUUCAUCACCAUCCUCACUAUGGUUCUUGUAGAUUACGUCCUGGGGAUCCCUUCACCUAAACUACAGGUCCCCAACAAGUUCAAACCAACCAGGGAUGAUCGUGGUUGGGUUAUAAACCCUGUGGGGCCCAACCCCUGGUGGACCACUAUCAUCACCUUCAUCCCUGCUCUGCUGUGCACCAUCCUCAUCUUCAUGGACCAGCAGAUCACAGCCGUCAUUAUUAAUAGGAAGGAGCACAAACUGAAGAAAGGCUGUGGCUACCACCUGGACCUGUUUGUGGUUGGGGUGAUGCUGGGCGUGUGCUCGGUGAUGGGCCUGCCGUGGUUCGUGGCAGCCACCGUGCUCUCCAUCUCCCACGUAAACAGCCUGAAGCUGGAGUCGGAGUGCUCAGCCCCCGGAGAGCAGCCCAAGUUCCUGGGCAUCCGAGAGCAGCGCUUCACUGGCCUCAUGAUCUUCACCUUGAUGGGCUGCUCCGUCUUCAUGACCUCUGUGCUAAAGUUUAUCCCCAUGCCUGUGCUGUACGGAGUGUUUCUAUACAUGGGGGCUUCCUCACUCAGAGGCAUUCAGUUCUUUGACCGUCUGAGGCUCUUCGGCAUGCCGGCCAAACAUCAGCCAGACUUCAUCUACCUUCGACACGUCCCGCUGAGGAAAGUGCACCUCUUCACUAUCGUCCAGCUCAGCUGCUUGAUCCUACUGUGGACCAUUAAGACCUCCAAGGCUGCCAUUGUCUUCCCUAUGAUGGUCUUGGCCCUGGUGUUCAUUCGUAAGCUGCUGGACUUCAUGUUCAGUAAGAGAGAGCUGAGCUGGCUGGAUGACCUGAUGCCAGAGUGGAAGAAGAAGAAGCUGGAGGAUGCGGCAGAAGAGGAGGAACACAGUAUUAUUGCAGAAGAAGAAGGCAUUGUACAAGUGCCACUGGAGGGACACUACAAGAGUGACCCAGCCACAGUCAACAUCACUGAUGAGAUGUCCAAAGGAUCUUUCGGGAAUGUGUGGAAGAGUGUCAGCCCUGCUGAAAGCACUAAGAAGGAACCAAGCACUAAAAGUUGUUCCAGUGGCGGUGAAAAGCGUCACAAGCGGCGGAGGCAUGAGAGGAGCUUGGACAGGGAGACAAGUUUGUGAUGACACAUACUGGCGGACGGUGCCACUGUGCUGUCAAUCAGUAGAUCAAAAAAGAACAAAACAAAAAAAAAACUAUACCGUGCCACACUCAACCACCUUUGUACUGUGCUACACUGUGUUUUUGUCAUGUAAGUCUGUGUGCAAGUUGUGUAAAACAAAGAAAAAUUUGUUAGAAACAGUAUUAACAUGAGGAACCGAUGCACAUUUGUGUUCUUUUUCUAUGUAUAUCAAUGUUUGGUGAUACCAGCAACAGAAGGAAGCCAGAAUUAUAUGACACUUGUGAAUGGGCCAAUUUAAGUGAAAAUUUUAAACAAUUUUUAAAUCUACUUUAUUUGUAUUUUGUAUGUUUUUAUAUUUUUCCAAUAACAACAACUGCAAGUUGUCCUUUUAAAAACCUGCCACAGAAAACCACAAAUAUGUGGAUUUUGUGUGCAGAAUUUAAUGCCGCUAUUGACUUGAUGCACCUCACAAUAGAAAUCUUAAGACAGAGUAGAUAUUUGCCAAUACUAAUCUAUUUCACUGGUAUCUAAAAGAGUUGGCUAUAUAGCAAAUCUAGUAAAUUUUUUGAAAGUAUUAAAUAAACAUUUUAUAUAUUCUGUAUAUCUAAAUGUUUUUGUGACAGUGACAGCUCAUAUCACUCCAUGUUCUUCUCCAUUGCUAUUUUACAAAUUACGUCAUUCCUCCAGUAAAGCAUUCCUCAGUAAGUUAAAGGAAUAAUUUGACAUUUUGAGAAAUAUGCUUUUUCGCUUUCUUGCGAGAGUUAGUCAAGAAGAUUGAUACCACUUUCAUGUCAGUACGCUAAAUGUGAAGCUAGAGUAGCUGGUUAGCUUAGCGUACAAAACCAAAGUAUAAAAACAACAUAUUAUGGUUUUACGUUAGCGAUAGCUUCA